CAUCACGUUGUGUGGAGCAGCUAGUGAUAAGAUUGGUGCGAAUUUGAGGUGGUAGCGGAAGGUGAUGAUCAAGUCGCGGUUUUCUUUACAUCAAAACAAACAGAGAGAAAUCGGAUUGAGCGAGCGGAAGUGGUGUAAAGUACUGUGAGACUAGAAGCAAAUGCACGCUUGAGGGAGGACGCCCCAUCGUUGUGUUUCCUGACGUCUCCCCUGUACCACCCCGCCCCCGUAUCGACUAGGUGCCAUCUACGUAGCUUGAUAAGGGAAAUUGGAUUACGUUUGAUUGUGACAAGCGAUGAAUAUCAGUUUGAAUUAAAGAAGCGCGCAAUUGACCCCAGCAAGGCUUCUGGGAAAAUACAAUCUCCGUGGAUAAUGCCUUCCAUCUCGAUCGUCACCAUCGAACAGACACCCUCUUCCACCCUCAGGUUCCACGCGCAAAUCAACCCCAGCUGCUGCUGGUUCAAUCAGUGGCUUCACGAAUGAGAUCAUCAUAUGUUAUCAGCGUUUGUUUGCAGAAGGUGCAAAACGUAGAAGCCGUGCAAAUUUGUUUAUUCGCUAAUUAGCCCCCGCACUGCAUUUGCACGAUGGAAGUUUCACGCGAGGAUUGGAUCGACCGUGCCCAGGAGAACAUGAAAAAGUUUCUCAACAGGGGAGGUAGCUGCAGGGGUGACGAACCACAGCUGUUGCAGGGAAUCAGCCUGGACAAUACGCUCGGCUACGUGCUGAGCCUCACCAUGAAGGAUCCAAACGAGUGGACCGAUGAGGAACUGCAGCUUGAGUACAUGGAACAGCUCUGCUUCUACGAUGAGGAAUCGCGCAAAACGAUCGAUAAGCUCGUUCAGCAGAUUUACAACGGUAUCCAUCGGAACGUUACGUGCCGGUUGACAAUCCUGCCGAUCGAGUUGUUCAGCGAAGGGAAACUGUACGAGGUGCCACUGUUUCGGUAUCAAUUCCAGCAGGCGACGGAUACGGAGCCGAAGUUUAUCGAUUCCAUUGGGAGGGUGUAUCAGCAUUUUGAAGAUUUUCUGAAGAACAACAAGUACCCGUCGGCGGAGAUGAUGUACCCCAAGGAGGGACGGUUGGUGGCGACCAAUUUGAAGAAUGUGGUUUAUGAUAUUGGCAAAACACCGGCGUGGAAGAACUACUACUUCAAGGCGUUGGAUAUUGCUACCGGAAUCAUUGGUAUCGCCGGUGCCACGGGUGCCAUCUUUCUGUCGGGUGGCCUGGCCACCCCUUUCAUCGCGGCCAGUGUCGGUUCGGCCAUCUACGCCACAGGUCGGUCGAUCGAUGUCCUGCGCGACAAAAGUGCCCACCAGGAAUCGCUGAAUCCGUUCUGCGACUCGGAAUCCCGCACGGCGUGGCUCAGCCUGACGGCCCACGUGCUCACCUUCGGAACUAUGCCGCACAUAUCGGCCCUCUCGGGGGUUGCUUCCACCAGCCACAGCAUCGCCACCGGGUUUAAGGUGUGCAACUUCAUCAACGAAACUGGAAAUAUCAUUAGCGAUCUGGUAAUUUGCGACACCCUGUCGGCGAUGCAUUCCAAUUACUACAAUGCAAGUAUCGAGACGCGCCUGGCGCAUGCAGCCUCGAUCUGCUUCUGGACCAAGACGGUGAUCAGCAUCCGCCAGGCGGAGCUGAUGAUGAAGAACAAUGCGAUCGUGGCAUUGAAGCUGUUCGGUUUUGAGGACCAUUUAUGUGAGUAUUUCAAUAAUGAUUCGCGGGCGAUUGACAUCGGGCUGAGGAUCGUGAAGUAUUCGUUGCAAAACAAUGUGACGAUUGCUUCGGACAAGACCAACACCAAGGUCAUCACGAUCGAUGGGUUCAAGUUUAGUAUAGAAACGUUGCUUGAGUUGGAACCUGCAGAGGUGCAGAAGUUGUUUGACAUUCUACAGGCGGUGGGCACCGAUCGGGACCGGGAGUUGUUCGGUGAGUUGAGGCUGCUCUGUGCGAGCGAUGUAGAUUUGGUGAGGCUCAUUUCCGGGGAAGCCGAAAGGGAAAAUCUACCCGGUACCGAGUUGGCUGAAAUGUUGUUGAAGGUUUACGCUUCGAUGAAAAGUCAGGAUCAGUUCAAGAUGAGUCUUAACACGACGGACGGUGUUUGUAUAGGCAACGGGCUCAAGCUGGGGAUCAAAGCGGCUUACAUAAUAUUUGCUUCCAAAGAUGAGCACCAGGGCGUAGGACCGCUGAUAGACGCUGUGCUAGAGCUUCCACCCGAGCAGUGUGAAGCGCUGACCAAGAUAAUCAAAACCAAACCGGAUUACAUAUCAAUUUUUAAGCUGAAACCUAGCGAUGAAAGUAGCGAAGAGAUCAGUAGCAGAAUUAGAAGCGAAAUUUUAAAGGCCUUAAAAGAAGAAGAGCAUUAAGUUUUAAACAUUUCACGUGGAACAAACAAAACUAAAUCUAGCCAAAUUUUGUAGGAACGUAGAGAAACUGUUAGUGACGAGAACUUUUAAUGCACCGCGAAAGGAAAAGUUUUUACGACGGGGAGUAGCUCCUCCGAAAGACACGCACACACAUUCACACACAUUUUAAUUUAGUCGAUAGUUUCGGGUGAUAGUUUUCUAAAAGAAAAAGAAAAACCAUUUCUAGUGAUGACGCUUUAAAGUUUUAAACUUACACCACAACAACAACAAAAAUGAUAAGACUAAUCUGCACCUGUUUAGACGAAUUUAGAGCAACGUGAGUUGUAGCAACACAACACCAAACAAACAUAUGCUGCUUAGAGUAGCAAUUGAAAAGCAUAAUGUAAACUUAGCUUAUGGUAGAAGAGUGAAAGCCCAAAAACUAAAUAUAUCUGUUAGAUUCAAUCGCCGUGAGAAUGAAACAAAACAAAACCGUACAUCAGAGUGAAAUCCAAAACCGAAAAUCGAAAACAAAAUUUGUCAGACUCCAACCAACACUUGCUACAGAUUUAUUUUACAUACUUUUACGAACCAACGUUGAAAACGCGGAACUAGCAUCACUGUAUUACGAAUGCUUUAUUUUUGAAAAAUAUAUUACUGAACUCAGAAUACCGCUCGCUGGACGGUACCAAGCUCU